AUGGAAAUUCAGUAUUUUCAAGCUAAAGUAGAGGAUUUACGUGUUGCUGUUGGAGUAGAUUUUGGCACAACAUUUUCGGGAUUUGCAUACGCUUUCAUUCAAAAAAAUAAGACGAAGACAGAGGUUAUAGUAAAUGAAGAGUGGGGGCAUUUUAAGAGUCCUAAUAAAACCAACACUGUGUUACAAUACAACGAAUAUGGAGAAGUUCUUACUUGGGGGGUUGAUGCUUUAGGUUCUGAACCUAGCAGAAGAAGAGCUAACAAUUCAUCAAAAACAGUAGAGGCUUUCAAAUUUUAUUUAGGGGAUGUUCCGGAAAGUAAAAAACCUCAACUACCAUCUGGAAUUACUUUCGAAAAAGCGAUAACUGAUUAUCUUGGUCAAAUGGAAAAAAUAGAAAAUCAUUGGCCUGGAAUUGAUUUUUACAAGCAUGUACGACUUGUUUUCACCGUACCUGCCGAAUUCGAUGAGAAAUCUAAGACAAUUAUGAGAAAAUGUAUAUACAACGCCGGCUUAGUCAAAUCUAUUGGCACACUAAAUCUUCAAUUUACUACUGAACCGGAAGCCGCUGCAAUUCAUUGUAUGAAUAGGUUGAAAGAACUCAAUUUAAAAACUGGAGCAACAUAUUUGGUUGUUGAUUGUGGUGGAGGGACUGUAGACUUAACAGUUAGAAAAUUACUAUCAGACGAUCGAAUAGCAGAAACAACUGAGCGUUCCGGUGAUUAUUGUGGUGGUACCUACGUUGAUGAUGAGUUCCUGAAAUUUUUAGAGGGUAGAGUAGGCAAAUCCGCAAUGAACAUGUUAAAGAAGAAACAUCGUGGCCAGGUUAAUUAUCUGGUGCAUAAAUACUUUUGUCCCGAAGUUAAGAUUCCAUUCGCUGGUGAAAAAUCCAAAUUUAAAACUAUUGAGUUGGACAUUCAGAAAAAAUGUCCAGCACUUAUGCAAUACGUCAAUUCGCCGGAAAGAGAACAAUUGUCAGAUGAAGAUGAAUGGAUUAUUGAUUUGGAUUUUGAUACCGUGAAAUCAUUUUUUGAUCCAGUGCUUAGAAAAAUUUUCAGAUUGAUUGAUAUGCAGUUGUCAAAAUGUUCGGACUGUUCAGUGAUGUUCUUGGUUGGAGGUUUUAGUGAGUCAAGAUAUCUUCAAUUUAAAAUUAAGGAAGGAUAUGAAAGUAGACUGACAAUAGCAAUUCCACCUAGUCCAGCAGCUGCAAUUGAAAAAGGUGCAUGUGAAUACGGUCUUGAUAUGAAAACUGUAAGCACAAGAGUAUUAAAAUGGACAUAUGGCACUGACGUUUUUCCUAAAUGGAAAUCUGGUGAUCCAUCGCCCCGCAAGACAGCAGAAGGUCUUGUUGCAAAGUUUUAUUUGAUGGCCAGCAAAGGAACAGAGGUGGAUGUAAACAAAGAGUUUAGUGCUACAUUUAUACCAGUUUAUCCAGAACAAGACAGCAUGGAAUUAAGCUUUUAUUAUACUAGCGCAAAUAAUGCGAAGUAUUGUGAUGAACCAGGAAUGAAAAAAUUGGGUAGUUUCACAAUUGAUUUGCCUGACAUUCAUUUAGGAACUAAUCGCCCUGUGCUGAUAUCAUUGUGUUUCGCAUCUAUGGAAGCUACUGUCGUAACAGCAAAGAACAAAACCAAUGGUAAAGUUUAUCGCACAACAUUUUCUAAUGAGGAAUAG